AUGCCUAGGGGAACAUUAUUUUCAUUUAAAACAUAUGACCUGAAGCUUGUGAAUUAAGCAAUUCAUUUUAAAUGACAGAGUUCUUGUUAGCUGACUUCCUUUAAUUAAGGUUCACCGUAAACCGCAACCAAUUGAUCAGCCUUCGUUCUCGGCAAGCGCGUUUUUGAAGAGCUGCCUUUGGGUGUUACAUUAACCACACUUCACAAAUGGAAUUGGCUAGCUCCAAACUUCACUUAUCAGCGUCAGUCUCAUCUGAAAUUAGUUUUGGAGGAUCUCGUCCUAAAAAGAAGCACAUUGUUUUGAUCGUAUUGUUCAUUGGGAUUAUUUCAGCAUCGGGCGGUUUUCUUCUUGGAUACUUUUUGAAAGGUGAUAAAGGGAGAGACAGCCCAAAGACUAAAGACAAAAGUGAGACAAACCCUCUCAACGGCGAUGAAGCUUUCAGCCACUUUAAGAAGAAUGUAAACACCACAGAGCUCGAGGAAACCUUGAGGUUCUAUUCCCAGGUCCCUCAUAUGGCUGGCGGGGAGAGACAACAACAACUGGCAUAUAAAUUGGCUGAAAAAUGGCGAGAAUAUGGAUUUGACAAAGUCGAACUCCCGAAAUACAAUGUGUUACUGUCUUAUCCAGAGGAUAACAACCCCAACACCAUCUCAGUUGUGUCUGAAGACGGAACAUUGGUCAAAACGUUUAAAGAGCAGUUAAAGGUCUCACCUGGCCCAGGGAUCAAGGCCACAAGUUUGUUUACUCCAUACACUGCAUAUUCCAACAAUGGGACUGCUGAAGGGAGACUGGUGUACGUCAAUCAGGGAACUGCGAAGGAUUUGCAAAAGUUGGAGAAACUUAAUAUAUCUCUGAAUGGCACCAUUCUGUUGACACGAGACUUUUGGAGUUUCUUUACCUUGUCUCAAUUAGCCGUCAAUAAAGGUGCUAAAGGGAUCCUAAUGUACCCAGACCCUAACAUCUACGCCCCAAAAGGCAUAGGAAAAAAUUCCACUUACCCCAACGCACCGUGGCUUUCCUCUGAAGCAGUUCCCUUGGGUGGAGUCUAUGGUGAGCUUGGCGACCCCUUGUCGAAGGGAGUCCCUGCCAAAGAGGGCAUCUUCCAGAAAUCAAAGAAGGACUGGCACGUUGGAUUACCCAUACUUUUACAACCAAUAUCGUAUGGGACAGCACGGUCUCUAUUGGAGGAAGUUGGAGUGGAUGAUAUACCCCCAGAAUGGCUUAGAGAGCUCAACAUCACGUUACAACUUAACCCUCGAGGCUCUCGAGGAGGGAAUAGAACCAUAAAACUGACCAUCAACAAUCAGCUGGUUCAAAAGACGAUUUAUAACGUGAUCGGUACUAUUAACGGCUGGCAGGAACCAGAUCGGUACGUUUUCUUAGGAAACCACCGAGAUGCAUGGGUAUAUGGCGCUGCGGAUGCAACCACGGGGAUGGCAGUUCUGAAGGAAACAAGCAGAGUAUUGGGAAAACUUAUGAAGGGCGGUUGGAGACCAAGGAGAACAAUAAAACUGUGCAGCUUCGGUGGAGAGGAAUUUGGCCUGAUAGGUUCUGUUGAAUGGAUGGAGGAAAACUCUUUGAUCUUUAAGGAGCGAGGUGUGGCUUACUUGAACACUGAUGUUCCAGUGCAAGGAAAUUAUGUUCUUUUGGCUCAAUCUAGCCCACUGCUAAGCGACAUUAUAUACAAAUGGACAAAAAUGGUUGAGGUGCCAUUUGAAAAGGGUACUUAUAAGUCCAUAUAUGAUGUAAUGUUGGAGCGUGGGCCAACGCCUUCAAACCCACAUGAGCCAAAACUUUGGGCUUUCCAGUUUGCGAGCGAUUACAUACCGUUCUUCUUCAUGGCGGGUAUACCAUCCGCAGAUUUUAGUUAUUUCUUUGGCUAUGAUGAGAAUAAGGGUGGUUGGCAGCUUUAUCCAUCUUAUCAUACUCAGGAAGACAAUUUUUACUGGGUGAAGAAAUUUGCUGAUCCUGAGUUUGAGAUUCACCGCGCCAUGACUCUACUCAUGGGUGGCAUGUUGUUGGAUUUAUCAGACUCUCAGAUCAUCCCUUUCAAUUUAUCACGACUCACGAAUACUCUUCAUCGAGCGUUUAAUAGCCUUACGGCCUUACAAUCGUCGUUUAUGUGGGAAAAAGCGGUACGUGAGAGCAUUUCAGCUGUAAACAGAUCCAUAUCGAACUUCUCAAGAUCAUGCGAUUCGUUUACGAACUUUGUCAGUGAAGUUAGUCGUGGAAAAAACGUGAAUCCUCUCACAGUGCGAUUGUUAAACAACCAGUUGAGCCAAGUUGGAAAACCCUUUAUAGAUUCCAGACUUAUUACCACAAACCCUCAUAUUUACCUGAAUGUUCUUUUCAGGGACACUUUUAUAGGCGUUUUUGGAGCGUUUCAGGAAGCCAAUAAAACUAAUGAUACCACAAAGAUUCGGGAGCAACUUUCUAUAGUUUCAGUAGCUAUUUCCACAGCUGCUAAGAUCUUAGAACCUAUCAAACUUCCCGAGAAAAAAUGAGAAAAUGGGAUCAAAAAACCGUCACCCCGGCUCCAUUGACUUGCUUGACGUCCAUUUGAAAUGUCAGAAAGUUGCAAUAUGCUCCAACAUAAUUUGAUAAAAUUUUGCGAAAGCUGCUUGGUGAUAAUAUAGUGUAAGGUCGCAGAGACCAUUUUUCGAAAAAAGUAGAUAUAGCAAUUUGUACAAAUUAAUAGCUAGUCGUAUGUAUUUAAGUUUAAUUACUUCGCCAUUAAAACGACAUAACUUUUCCUUCAUAAAUAGGGAUUCAUUUGCCAUUUUUGUGCGUUGGUUAUCAUUUAGUAAACUUAGAGUAGGUAAUUUAAAUAAACAUGUAGGUAAACUAUACCUUUAAAUCAUCAGUCAGUUGUGAGAAUUUUAAAAAUCAUUUGUGGUGGUUCAACAUAUCCCAAGGUUCUUUUCUAUGGCUAAAUCCAGACGUAGUUGUUUUGGAUCAACUGCCUCCAUAAUAGGUUGAAAAAGAUUAGAUCAAAGUAUCAUAUUUCA